AUGCAUUACAGCACUCUCGUCCUCAGCUUCAUUGGCCUUGCCAGUGCCCAAACACUCAACAUCCCCUCGCGCGUGGGCAGCAUUGUCUCUUUGCCUUCUCCCAGUGUGAUCAAGGGCAGCGUUGAUUUGGGCAACAAGGAAUACGAUCGUGGUCGGGCUUGCGACAGCGAUGAUGACACUGGCUCCGACAGUGCCGUGUUUAUCUUGGAGGACGGUGCAUCGCUGAGCAACGUGAUCAUUGGAAAGGACCAGCUCGAGGGUGUUCACUGCAAGGGAUCCUGCACGCUCACCAACGUCUGGUUCCGUGACGUCUGCGAAGACGCCAUUUCCAUCCUUGGAUCCGGAAAUGCGCUCAUCAAGGGCGGUGGUGCCCAAGAGGCCAAGGACAAGGUGGUUCAGCACAAUGGCAAGGGAACCGUCACCAUCGAUGGAUUCACUGUGGUGAAUGCAGGAAAGUUGUAUCGCUCCUGUGGAAACUGUAGCAACAACAAGAGCAAGAGCCCCCGAAACGUUGUUGUCAAGAACGUGAAGGCCAACAACGUGAAGACUUUGAUUGGAAUCAACUCGAACUACGGUGACACUUCGAGCGUGAGCAACACCUGUGGAUCCAGCGUCAAGCACGUGUGCGAGGAGUUUGAAGGAGUCGAGAAGUCGGCGGGCAAGGAGAGCCCGAAGCUCACCACGACUGCCUCUUGUAAGGGACAAUCAUCCCUUUCUUCUUGUUAA